CAUUGCCAAUAGGGUUUUCUCUCUUUCUCUCUUAACACACUGGGACGCGGGGUUGCCGUCAACACAUAGGAGAGAUCGAUCUGUGCUCCAGCAACUCUCGAGAGAUCGUUCUGCACUCCAAGAUCGCUAUGUCACCACCUCUCUCUCUCUCUCUCUAUAUCUGGGCUGCCGUCAACAUAUCUUCCAAGAUCGAUCUGUGCUCCAACAUCUUCAAAGAUCGAUCUGUUCUCCAACAUCUUCAAAGAUCGAUUUGUAGUAUUCUGGGUACUAAAUUUCCGCAGGCAGAGAUAGGAUGGGAAAGACGAAAUCCACCGGUACUGAAAAUGAGGGAUCUGGAAAACGAAAAGCUACAUGGCCUGAUGAGGUAGUAGCUAUAUUUUGUGAUAUAGCUGUUAAGGAAGUGGCCAAGGGAAACAGACCUGGUACACAUUUUGAUAAAAAGGGAUGGUCAAAUGUUAUCAAGGCCUUUAAGGAGUUAACGGGAAGGGAUUAUGAUAAAAGGCAAUUGAAAAAUAAGUGGGAUUCACUUAAAAAUGAUUGGAAAUUGUGGAGUUCACUAUUGCAUAAGGAAACUGGUAUUGGAUGGGAUCCGACUAGGAAGACUGUCGAUGCACCUGCUGAGUGGUGGGAAUCCAAAAUUCAGAUCAAUCCAGAGUAUCGCAAAUUUCGUGACGUUGGAAUUAGUCCUGAAAUGAUGGCUGUUUAUGAUAACAUGUUUAGGGGUAGCACAACCUUAGGUCACUCUGUCAUGAUUCCCUCAGCUACUAUAGAUAUUGAAGAGGUGGUGGAGGAUUCUGAGCAUAAUGACAUUUCUGGAGAUAAUGGGGAGAUGGACCAACAAGGUGAACCAAGAGGGAAAAAGAGAAAAACUGUGGAGUGCCAAACUGGGCGUAAUAAAGAAAAAAAAGAUAAAGGAGUUAUGGGAGGGCCAAAGGGGAAGAAAGAAAAGGUGGGAGGUGCAGCUCAAUUGUCUAAACAAAUUGAUCGCCUUGUUGAAGUAGUCGAGAGUAGGAGUACAGCUACAUCUGUCCGUAAUACUAGUACAGAUCAAGGAACUAGUAUUCAGGAGGUGAUGCAAGUUGUUGCAACUUUACCAGGAGCAGAAACUGGUACCAAGCUAUGGUGGUUUGCAACAGAGUUGUUCUGCUCUCAAGAGAAGCGAGAGAUGUUUUCUAUUAUGACAGAUGAUGAUCUCAAGCUCCAGUUUCUGAUUCUUAAUCAGAAAAAAGCUGAAAAUUGAGUAGGCUGAUCCUACUUUGUAAUAAGAUGCGUGUUGCUUGUUGUUUAGACCUAAGCUGAACUCCUUUCUAUUUUUGUGAUUUUCCAGGAACUAAGAUUGGGUGAUGUUCAUUGUGUACGGUACUUUAUUUUACUAAGCUGAAAGUGAUAUUGA